AUAUGGCUGCUCUAUAAUUCAAUAAAUAAUAUUGAUUGGUCAUCAAACUUCAAUCAGGGAUAAAAUGAAUGGGAAAAAUGAUGCAAAUAAAUCACCGGUGAAUGAAUCACAAGUCAAAAAUAAGCAAACGACCAGCUUAAUCGAAAGUGUACGACGCAAAUUCCGAAGCAAAGAUAUUGGACGACAAUUUUGGAUGCCCGAUUCAACAUCCAUAAAUUGUUUUGAUUGUGCUACCAAAUUCACGACCAUAAGACGUCGUCACCAUUGUAGAAUAUGCGGACAAAUUUUUUGCAGCAAUUGCUGUAAUGAAAUGAUCGAUUCUAGAUUGAUCAUUUCACAAGAUUCCACCAGCAAUACCAUCACCACUAGUGGCCUUUUACGUGUUUGUAAAUAUUGUUCAAACAGACUACAAAAUGUAGUUGCAGAUAAAUUUAAAGGCGAUAAUAUUUCGAAUUCUGAGUUGAAUGAUCAAAUUCGAUCGCCUAAUCAUCAACUUUCAAAUUCCAGUGAAAAUCGAAAAUUUUCAACUUCUUCGAUCGGUGAUAUUGUUCGAUUUGCUAAAGCUAGUUUGGAUACUAGUGAUUCUGUGAUGAUUGAUCAGAAAAAAGAUCAUAAUUAUCUACAUCAAUCAACACCAAAAAGUUAUCGUCCAUCAUCGGCUGCAUCAGCAAGUCAUGAUAAUCGAUUCAUUUUUUAUGAUGAAAUUCUAAGCGAUAAUAAUUCAUUAUUGUCUUGUUCAUUCGAUAAUUUUCAAUCAAUGUUGGAUGAACUUGAUGAAACAAUAAAUGCGCGAGAACCUUUUUGGGUUAAAGAAAUUGUUGAAGAAGCUCGGAUAAAACAGGCGAAUAAAUCUUCAUUACUGAUUGAAGAUAAGGAAAACAAUAAUUCAAUCCAUAAUGAUCAAAUUUCCGAAGAUAUAACUGGUCCGUCAUAUAAUCGAUCCAAUGAUAAUACAGAUAUUGGUGAAUUUACUCGAACCUCUUUGAAUGAUCCAUCUUGCGACAAAAUUGAUGCACAAUUGGAUAUUGAAAAAAGUUCGGAUAAACCAUCGAAUCAAACUUUGUUUAAUGAUACUUUAAUCUAUUUGGAUAGAUUUUUUGAUAGAAAUCUUUUUUUCACUAAUCAAGAAUCGAAACCAGAAAAGGAUAUUAAUGAAAAUGACCUGAAUGCAAAGAAAAUAUCAAUCGAAAAAAUUGAUAAAUCUGAAUUACCCAUUCUUUUGAUUAAUAAUAUCUAUGAUAAUCAUAUGGAAAAAAUUUUAAAUCAAAUUUUAAAAGAUGAAAAAAUGUCUUUAGAAUGGCAUCCAAUUUUGAACAAAAUAGCCAAACAGAUUGCUGAUACGAUAAAAUUACCACAAUUUUCUUAUUUAUAUUCAAUUGAUAACUAUUAUCAAAUAAAUAGCGAAUCAUCAAUGCAAUCAAAUGAGAUCAAUCCAUAUCCGAUGGAUAUACGAAAACGAGUAAAAAUCAAAAGCAUUUUGAAUGGUUCAAAAAAUGAUUGUACUAUUGUGCAAGGAUUAGUUUUCACUAAAAACGUUGCACAUAGAAAAAUGCGAACCUGUAUUGAUCAACCAAGAAUAUUGUUGUUUGCCUGUUCGAUUGGUUAUGAUGAACGACGACGAUCACAAACAAAUUUAUCUACAUCACAAUUCAAAUUAACAUUAUUUGAUUCUAUGCGUCUUCAAGAAUCUGAUUACAUUUCAAAUCUAGUGGCUAAGAUUGGAUUAUUAAAACCGGAUGUUAUUUUUGUUCAAGGUACUGUUUCACAAACAGCAUUAGAAUUACUUCGACAAAAAGAUAUAACUGUUGUAUUGAAUGUUAAAAGUACAAUAUUAGAACGAAUCUCUUUUUUCACCAAUGCCGAACUUAUUCAUUCACCAGAAAUGAUUCUGAAUACAACUAGAGUCGGUGCUUGUCAAAAAUUUCUAUUAAAAAACUAUCAAAUGUCAAAUGAUUCUACUUUACCGAAGCGUAGAAUUUAUUUUGGAAAUAAAAAGACAUUAAUGUUUUUGGAAGGAUGUAUCGAAAAUAUCGGUUGUUCAGUAAUACUACGUGGUAGUUCACGGUUUCAAGAUUUUAAAAAAUUGAAAAAAAUUUUACACUAUAUGAUGUUUGUACAUUUCAAUUGUCGUUUGGAAAAAGCAUUCCAUCAGAGUUUCAAUUGCCUGCCGAUCAGUGAAAAAAUAGCCAUCGAUAAUGGCCCUGUUACAUUAGCUAAAUAUUAUCAAGCUAUUGUUUCUGAUCAAAGAAUUGGAACAAACAGCAAUAAUAAUAGUACAAUUUCCUAUUGCAAUGACAACUCAAAGAUAAUUAAUGAAAAUAUGUUGCAAUCGUCAUCAUUAUCAUCAUCAACUACAACAAAAACAAUAGAAAAAAUUUCUCGACUAACCACUAUUGAAGAUUUUUCUGAUCCUCUUAGAUCAGCAGCAUUAAACUUUCAAGACAAUAAUAUUAUUGAUUAUUAUCAAAAUAAUAAUAAUAAUAAUAGUGAUAAAAUCAAUGAACUGAAAAAACCUUUAAUUCAAAUGCAAUUAAAUUCGAAAAAAUUGGAAACAAUUUUAAACGAAAUUCCAUUAUCCUGUUCACCAUUGAUUCGAUUUAAUGUUCCUUUUUUAAUGUCCGAAAAUAUUCAUCGAAUUUCAAGUUUACGUUUCUAUUAUCCCAUACAAAUUCUUCCAUCUAAACGUUUGUUUCGUGAAGUAUCAAUCGAGCUUGGUCAUAAAAGUAUUGAUAAUAUUGUCGAUUCAAACAUAGAAAAUGAUGAUUUUGCCAACUAUUCAUAUUUAUUUGAUGGAAAACAAUCAAAUAAUUCUAAUAAAAAUGAAUCGUCAAAAUUAUUGUUUUUAAAUUUACUCACUAGUCGAUAUAUGAUUGUUAAACCACAUCCAUUUUUCAACAAUGAUGAUUAUGAUUUUAAUCAAAAAAAUCAACAAUUCAUUUCAGAUUUUCGUGCAUGUGGCCCAUACUUACGUUAUGCGCCAGAUUUUUUCUUUCGAAACAAUGAACAACAAUCUAAUAGUUUAAUGCAAAAAAAUGCAAAUGAAUCAUUCCAUAAUCAGACAAUGAUUGAAUGUCUGAGUAAUCCAGAACAUCAAAAUAUUUCGGUAUUAUUUUCAGUGUUUUCAUUACAAACUGAAACUGCAUUCAAUUAUUGUCUAAAACCAAAAAUAUUAGCUAUCGAUUAUUAUGGUAAUAAUGAUAUGUCAUUGGGUUCAUUUUUAAUUCGACAUUUUUUUUAUCGUCAAUCUCGUUUUAAUCAAUCAUCAACAACGGUUAAUAAUUUCGGUUUUAGUCAAGCACAGGAAAUUUUUGAAAACACUACAUUCACUACGAAUAAUGGAAGGAAAAUAUUUUGUCCAAAUGAAAAUUGUCAUAUAUCAAUGUUUAAACAUUUGAUGAGAUUCACACACCAUAAUGGAACAAUUACAGUAUAUCUGAACAAAUUGAAUGAAUCUCGCAAUGUUACAAUGCCACAUAAAAUUCUUACCUGGACCUAUUGCACGAAAUGUCAAUCGAUAUCCGAAUAUACUGAAAUGUCUGCUGAUUCUUUAGCAAUUUCAUUUGGAAAAUUUUUAGAACUAAAAUUUUACGGUAAUCAACAUUUCAAUUAUCAAAAGUUUUUUGAUGACGAUAAUGAUAAUGACGAUGAUCAUGAAAAUGAUGAUGAUGAUGAUGAUGGAAAUAUGAAACAAAAAAAGAAAAAUUUAUGCCGUCAUUCAUUACAUAAGGAAAGUUAUCAAUUUUUCUCAUACGAUCAACUUGUAGUUAUUUUCAAAUAUGAACCGAUAGUAAUCUAUGAAAUUGUUACACCAUCGCCUGUCAUUCCUAUAACACGAAAUCAUUUUUCUAAAAGUAAAAUGAUUGAUGAUCUUAAACAACUGACGGAACAAUGUCAUGAAGUAUUUGCAAAGGUCAAAAAUGAGAUCGAAAAAAUUCGUUCAAUGAUCAAUGGACAAUGUAUACCACCUAAUAAUAAUGCUAAUGUUGAAACAAUAAAUUUAACAAAAUUGGAUGAAUUUUUACAAACACAACAAAAAGAAGAAAUUGAUUUCAAUAAAAAAAUCAAAGAAAUGCAUUUCAAACUUUCUACACCCGAAUUGGACAAUGCAAAUGUAUUGGAUUUAUUUCAUCUGGAAAAUAAUGUUGCAUUUAUUAAGAAAUUGAUUGCCGAAAUAGUUUUAUCUUGGAAUGAUCGAAUCAAAGAAUUUUUUCAUGAAGAUAAAAAACGUAAUAAUCUGGAUAAUAAAUUUAUAACAUCGAUUGUUAAUCGUUUUCUAUCGAAUGAUUCAGAAUCAAAAUCUAAUGAUAAUGUUAAGAACUUAGUAGAAAAUAAUAAUAAUAAUAAUACUAAUGAAAAUAAUAAUGUAGAUAAUAUCAAAGAGGAUAACAUUUCAUAUUUUAGUGAUCUAAAUGAAAUUGAUGAUAAUAAUUUUAUCGAAUCUUCAUCCACUGAUAAUCAGGAAAAAUCGCCAAAUAAAUUGAGUGCACUUAAAAAUAAAAUGCUUUCAAAAGUUGCACCAAAAUCUUCAUCAUCAUUGGCAGCAACAUCGGACACUAUUGAUUCAUCAUCAUUUACAUCGAAAAUAUUCAGUAGAAAUAUUGAUGAUAGUGUCAUUAUUGAGAUGCCAUUCGAUAAUAAUAAUAACAUUAAUAAUAAAAUUGCUAACAAAUCCAAUCAAAUGUUUGAACAUUAUCAGUUACCAACAUAUAAAGAUAUUUCUAUUAUUGUACGUGAUCGUGAUCCAGGUUCAAUAAUCUCUUAUUCAUUGACGACACCAGAAUAUGAACAAAAACUGUCAGCGCUUAAAUCUGAAAUUGCAGCUAAAUUAUCUACAAACGAAUCGAUCCAAACACAGGAAAAUAAAAUAAAUGAAUCAGUGAACAGCGCUACAAUUUUAAUGGCAACUGCAACAAUAACAACAACUGCUUCGACGACGAACAAGAAUGAACAAACUGAAUUGACUAGUAACAACAAAACACCUACAAAAAUCGCAUCCAUAGAUCAAGAAGAACUAAAUCAACAUAUCGAUAUUCAAUUUAAUGAUGUGAAUGCAAAAUUUUAUUGUUGUAUAUAUUUUGCCGAACUAUUUAGAAAAUUUCGAUCAUUAAUCUUAGUUGAUGGAGACGAUUCGGCUCGUUACACUGUGCGAGAUAAUGUUGUUCAUACUCCUUGUUCAUUUUCCGAAGAACUUUAUAUUUAUUCAUUGGCAAAUUGUAUGCCAUGGAAUGCUGUUGGUGGAAAAUCGGGUUCAACAUUCCUGAAAACUCGUGAUGAACGUUUUAUUUUGAAAGAAGUAACCAAAGGAGAAUUGAAACAUUUUCUUACAUUUGUUCGUGAUUAUAUUGAUUAUUGUGAAAGUUCAUUAUUGAAAAAAUGUCCAUCCGCUUUUGUCAAAGUUGUAGGUGUUUAUCAGAUUAGCUACAAAAAUACAUUGAACAACAAAGGUUAUAUACAUUAUAUAUUGGUCAUGGAAAAUCUAUUCUAUGAAUGUAAUGUUUCAUAUAUUUAUGAUCUUAAAGGUUCGAUGCGUAAUAGAAAAAUAGAUAUCUCAUCGACCUAUUCGAAUAAUAAAAAUGAUGAUCUUAAUGAUAUGACCAAAAUAAUAGAUGCCGAUUCAUCAUUAAAUAGUACUUUGAAUAGUGAUCGAUCCAAUAAUACAAAUGCAAAUAAUAAUAAUAAUCAAACGAUUAAAAACACAGCCACAUCAACAGUAUUAUUGGAUGAAAAUCUUCGACAGAUAAGCAUUGCAUAUCCAUUAUAUGUUCAUGUACAUUCGAAAAUAUUUUUAAUGGAAGCUAUAAAUCGUGAUUCAGAAUUUCUUAAAAAACAUUGUGUUAUGGAUUAUUCAUUAUUGGUCGGUUUUGAUGAAGAACAUAAUGAAUUUGUUGUCGGCAUUAUUGAUUAUGUUCGUCUUUUUAAUUGGGAAAAAGUACUUGAAAAUCGUGUAAAAAAACUUGCCAAUGCAAUUGAUCCUACUGUUGUACAUCCAUCGGCAUAUCAGAAACGUUUUCUUGAUGCAAUCAAUGACUAUUUUACACAAGUACCGGAUAAAUGGUAUACAUUUAUGCAAUUGAUACCAUUGGCUGGAAAAUUUACACCUGAUAAUCCUGAUGCAGAUAAUAAUAAUAAUAAUAAGUCACAACAGCAAUCUAAUUGUGAUAUUAUUAAUGAUAAUAAUCAAACGAAUACAAUUAUAAAUUCAUUAACAUAAAUUGUAAUUAAUAAUAAUAAAUGUGAUGUAAUAAUCUCA